AUGUUUCGCUGCUGGUCACUGGCGCUGGUCUUGGGCACGCUGUUGCUGGCGUACGCCGAGGAUAAUGAAUUCGUGGACGUGUGCUUCGCGCACGAGGGCGAGAAACCGCCGCACUGUGAGUUUAUCGAUUUCGACGACGUGUUCCAGACGUCGAGCACGGACAUCAAGUUCAAUUGGAGCUUCAUUACGAAGCUGACGAUCAGCAACAAAAAGAUCAUCGGCGUGCCGACGAAGAUGUUCGCCUCGCUGCCGAACCUAGAGAGUUUCAUCGUGCUGAACAGUUUGUUCUACCGUGAAAUUGACCCGAACAGCUUCCUCGACUGCAACAAGCUGAACCACAUCGAAAUCACGGGCACCAAUAUUACGCUGCUGGAUUCACACAUGUUUCCCAAAACGCCCAAGCUGCAGUAUCUGCUGUUUCACCAUAACCAAAUUGCCGAGAUCAAGCACGAUGCGUUCGAGUUUCUGGGUGAGCUGGAGGAGCUCAAUCUGUCGUACAAUAAUCUGACCCGACUUCCGAGCGGAGUGUUCCAUAAGCUGCGCAAGCUAAAAACGCUUGACCUGAACCACAACAGCCUAGUGCUGCUCAGCUUCGACAGCUGGUUCCCUCCAGACGGUGUAGUCGCGAUGACGUAUCUCGAUGCAUCAUACAACCAGCUGGUCGAUAUGGCCUGGACGGAGAUAACUGUGCGCAAGGUGAACCUAAAGUACAACAACCUCACGAGCCUCACCAUCAACGGCAACUGUAGCGAGUUUCACGCUUCCCACAAUGCGAUCGACACGGUGACCAUCGGUCGGAAUUGCAGUCUGGAGAAGCUCUCCCUGGCACACAAUCGCAUCCAGGGAUCGGACUGGCUGCAGCGGUGCUCCGAGACGCUACGAUCGCUUGACAUCUCGCAUAAUCUGCAGCAGAAAGGAACGGACUUUCUAAACCUCAAGCAGAUUACCGCACUCAAUAUCGAGUGUACCAAUAUCAGCCUAAACUACAAGACUCUGCAUGAUCUGCGUAAGCUGCGCUUUCUGGACAUCUCGUACAACAACCUCAAGCGUAUCGACCUGGAGAACCUUACAUCGCAGCGGCUGCUCGAGCGGCUCAUGAUCAGCGGCAAUCCGAUCGCAAACAUUUCGAUCAAUGCGAUCAAGCGCAACUUUCCCAACCUAAAGUCGCUCGGCAUCUACGAUCUGCCAUGGAACUCUACCUCACUGUCGAUCGCGAUCGAUGAUCUGAAGAAGCACGACAUCCAGCCAUACAUCCGCAGCGACUACCUUUUCGACGAGUCCAAAUGUCCGCUCAAGGUGACGCCCUCGUUCGGCAACGACACGGACCACGACACCAGCGAUGCCGAGCACAGCAAAGACAGGCGUGAACAAGUCGUCGGUGGCGAUAAGACGUUCGAGUAUGUCGUCAUUGCGUUGCUGCUGCUGGCGGUGUGUGGCCUUUUGGCAAAGUUGUUUGUCGACAGCCGGUAUUUCCCGGCGCUGUUCAAAGAGCGCAUGCAGAGACGGACGUCCAUCUCGCACGAGAGUUUGGUGUCGUGUGAUUUGAAUGGCUAGCCGAGAGUCAUAGCCCGCGAAGAAGAAAACAUAGGCAAAUGCUAGCAUUAGGAAUUUAGGCUGCACAUCGCGUUCCGGCAUACGGUUUAUGAAGCAUAUGGAAUCGAAUAGCAAAGAGUAACGUAACAACUGCGCAGCAUUUGCUACAUUGUGACUCAUAGAUAAUCAACAUAGACUUAAAGUUA